AUGCCACCUCGUCCGAGACGUCGUAUCACCUCGGCGAAGAGGGAGGAGAUCGAGAAGGAGCAACGAAAGCUAUCUUCCACUAUCGUCAGACCAUUUGAUAUUCUUUCAGGAUUGCCAGUUUCAUUCAGUGCUCCACCCAAUGGACACUAUGACGAUGUUUUGAAGAACCCUCUUACAGUUAAGGACACGGGUGUAUUCUAUCGAUCGCUCAUGAAGUCACGUUACAACUACGUCCAUCUCUGUCCCAUGUUUUGUUUGUAUUGGGUGAAACAGAGUCUGUAUGCGAAAAAGCUAGCUGAGGAAAACAAGCCAGUGCCGAAAUCUCAACGAGAAGAAAGCCUCGGAGACCGUGUUCCGGUUCUUGGCCUCGAUGUAAGUGCUCGUGAUGUGAUGGUUAAGCUCUGUGAUGCUGGCUUGAGUUUGGGGCCUCACCAGUUUGAGAUUCGUCUUUUCAUACUUAAGGACGGCAGACCUGAGAAGCUUCUGAAGAAAGAGAUGAAGGAGUUGGAGGAGCGAAAACGACAAGAGGAAUUAGAGGCGAGAAGAAGCGAGAUAGAAAAUGGACGUCCAGAUGGCAAUAAUGUUGUAAAUGAGCCAUCAAAUGGAGAUUCUGUAAAUGAACCAGUAAAGUCUACAGAGAUUAAUGAACCCGUUAGUGUGGUAGAUAAAACAACAGAAGAUCCUACGGAUGAAGCUGUCAAAAACGACAAGCCAGAACAGAUUGGGAAUUCAAUUCAAUCGGAGGGAAUAAAAAAUCUGGAAGCAAAUAAAGAAGCAGACAAGGAAGAAGACAAAGAUGAGAAACAUGAGAAAGAUGAGAAACAUGAGAAACAUGAGAAAGACGAGAAAGAUGAAGAGAGUGAAUCUGAAGAGGAGGACGUUACUAACACGUCUAUUUUGGAAGAUAAGGAUGGCACUAAAGAGAUUAAUAUUGAAGAAAAACCCGAUUCUGAUGAUAUGGAAUUAGACACAGAAGAACAAAAUAAGCCGACUCUAAAUUCUUCUCUCGAAUCAAAGUCAGAAACAACUGUACAAAAAGAUGUCUCUCCGGCCGUUUCUCUAUCAGCAGAUGCACCUUCUCCUGUAGAAAGUUCCUCGGCAGCACCAGCACCACCUUCUACUACGGUAGCUUCGUCGUCGUCGUCUUCAUCUGCUUCAGUUCCGACAACUGCAGGAGCUCCAACAGCUACAGCAAGACCUCCUCCUCCUCGGAGCGAUCCAAAUAACAUGCAAUCAAUAGAGAAUACCAUCAUGAUCUCUAAUCUUAACACGAUUGCCAGAACAGAUGAAUCGUUGAAUGGUUUGAUGAAGAUAGUAGCUCUGGGAAACGCCCUGCCCCAACAAAUUGUUACAUUCCAAGGGUACAUCAAGAGAGCCAGGGAAAUGGGUCCACAGCCUCACCAUGCCUAUCUUUUCCAACCUGGAGCCUACUCUCCAUAUCCAAAUAUUAAGCCCAAGAAGAUCAUGAAGCCGCCUAAAGAGAAAAAGCUACCCAAGGAGAAAAAGUUUCCUAAGGAAAAGAAGGAAAAGAAGCCUAAGUUACCCAAAGAUCAAAAACUAACAGCUUUCCAAGAGCGGUAUUUGGAAAACGCUACCCUUCUUUUUGAGUUCGUAGAGAACACCAAUGUGAGAUUCCAACUUCCUAAGAACGCCAUUAUAGAGGUAUUGCCUCCUUCUACCAUGACGAACGCUGAUGGAGAUGACAAUUCUGAUAACAAGGACUUGUUAUUCAGUUAUAUCUGGAUCCAUAACCAGGAUGAAAUUCUGGAUUAUGAGAAAAAGCUUGAAGAGUAUUACAGAAAAGUGAAAGAAAGAGACGAAGCAGAAAAAAAGAAGAUUGAAGAUGAAAAGAAGCGCGUGGAAGAAGAAGAAGCGAAGGCAAAGGCUGAAGCAAAGGCAAAGGAGGAAGAAGGAGAAGAAGAAGCUCAGCCAAAAGACGAUACUGAAGAUAAUGGUCAAGUAAAUAAAGCAGUGGAACAUAAUCUUCGUAAAAGACCUGCUAGAAAAGCUGCAUCUGUUUCUGCAGCAACGCCACCAACGCCAGCUCCUAAAGGUAAGCAAAAGAAAGGUAAAGCUAAAAAGAAAGAAGUUAUUGUUAAAUUGGAAAAACCAGAAGAACCUGAAAUUCGGUUCACUACGGUGUCUUUCAUUGUUCAUGGUAUUCCUUUGAGAUUUGUUCCUAUCUUGAUAAACAGUGUAAAUCCACUUAAAGAGGUACAAGAGCAUAUGGAACACAUCUUGAAGGUUGGAACCAGAAUGACAAACUUCUACUUGUGGUAUCAAGUAGAUGGCAAGUUGGAUGAAGCCUUGGCCGAAGAGGUCAGAAAUCAGUUGAAUCAAGAAGAAAAGAAAAUGCCAGGGAUCACUGCAGCAUCUCCGCUGGAAAAGGCAGUUACGAAAGAGACUACUGGCCCAAAAAAGAGAAAGUUGAAGGAAAAGAAUCUCGAUACUCAGAAGAAAUUGAAACUGACAAUAGAAAUAAAGAAAGAAGAUAUCGGUGAGACUAAUUCUGAUAAAAUUGA